GCCUGCCUCUGCCUCCUGAGUGCUGGGAUUAAAGGCGUGCGCCACCACCGCCCGGCGGGGAAUGGAUUCUUACAGUAACUACCCAAAGUGGAUGGCCAUUCCUAGUAAUUGCGGUAGGGAAGUGGAUUCUUACAGUAACUACCCAAAGUGGAUGGCCGUUGGUGGAAGGGCUGCCUCUGCCGACAGGUGUCUUAGUGGUCCUCUCACUCAUACAAACAGCAUCUCUUUUGACCCUUCCCUUUUAGCAUCCAGCGUCUGCUAGCCCAAGCAGAGCUUAUGCUGCCCUUUAUAUGGAUGAGAAUUUGAUGCACAGUAAAGCAAACCAGGGAGGGGGCUAAGUGCAUGCAGUGUUCUGCCUCCUAGUCUGCGUACGUACAAUAUUUCCUAGUUUUCAAAAGUUAAAUCUGGGGCCCAGAGAGGUGGCUCAGCGGUUAUGAGUCUGGGAUGCCCAGAAGGCACAGGUUCUAUCUAGAGCCUUGGGCACCAGGGAUGCAUAUGGUAUGCAGACAUACCAUCCAUACACAAACUAACAGACUGGGACAUGGCGACACAUGCCUUUAAUUCCAGCACAAGGGGACAGAGGCAGUCAGAUCUCUGAGUUCCAGGCCAGCCAGACUAUGUAGUGAGAUCUUGUUUCUAAAUAAUCAAUUUUUUUUUUUAGUGAAAAUUUGUUUUCAACAUCCGUGUGGUAACUUCGGCCUUACAAUUCAAGUCUACAUGCAGUAGCUUUAGUCAGAAAGUCCUGUAGGGACCAGAACCAGAAAGGAACUGAUGGCUGGAGGCAUGAGUUACUGCAGAGAGGACAGGCUUAGCAGCUACCCUUAAGGGAUAAGGAUAUGUGAAGACGGUCCCGAAGUAGGGCUCCCUCAGUCGUGUUUUGGGUUAGGACUGGUGUAGAAGUCUGAAGGCCUUGGGCAUCUCGGCCUUCUGGAGGCAGAAGUUCGUAAACCCCUGGACCACAAUCCUGGCAGCACCCUGGGUGUUCUCGUUGCGACAGUGGGGUGCUGGGAGUCGCUCUGUGGGAGGCGGCCGAGGAAUGCAGCAGCUGGAGACACCCCCCCCCCGAGGGCCAACUGGGAUCCAACCCGGGGUUGGGGGGCGCAUCCCGCGCACGCGCCUUCGCCUCCCCGGUGGCUCCCGCCCCCUGGAAACCCUCCAGCAUCUCGGCUGGCGCCAUUAGCCAGUGAGAGGGGAGCGGCGGGCAGUGGACCAAUGGGCGUUGGCGACAGUGCGGGGUGUGGUUGCCAGGGGCGGGGCCCGACCUCCUCCAUCCUCUCCAGCCGGGCCGCGGCGACUCGGGGUCUGGACGCUGAUGCCACCGGCCGGACGGUAUGGAGGCGGCGCGCUGCGCACCGGGACCCCGCGCAGACAGGUGCGGUUUGGACCUGGCUGUUAAACUUCGGCAUGACUCUCCAGGCCUCUCUUGUUCAGUAUGAGAAAUUGGUCCUGAUUCAUGAGGUUGCUUUAAGGAAUCAACAAAACAAGACACACACAGAGCAUGAAGCCAGUGCCUUUGAAGAUGAGACACAGAGGCUUCGACAGCUGAAGCUGGACAACCAGAGGGCACUGCUGGAGAAGAAGCAGAGAAAGAAACGCCUUGAGCCACUUAUGGUACAACCAAACCCAGAAGCCAGGCUGCGACGGUUAAAGCCGAGAGGUGGUGAGGAGCACACGCCUUUGGUGGACCCUCAGACGCCUCACAGCGAUGUCAUCCUACAUGGCAUCGAUGGCCCAGCUGCUUUCCUUAAGCCAGAGACUCAGGAUUUGGAAAGCAAGCCUCAUGUUCUCUCAGUGGGCUCCCCUGCUCCAGAAGAGGUCACGGAAGGAAGUCCAGAUGGGGAAAGCCCUGAGGAGACUGCCUCCAAGCCAGACCUUCAGGAGAUUCUCCAAAAACACGGCAUCUUGGGUAGUAUGAACUAUGAUGAAGAGACUGACAAUGAGGAAGAGGAAGGAGACCAUGUCAGCUCCCCGUCUGCUCAUUCAGAGAAAGAGAGCUCUGCGGCCAGCCAGAAAGCAGCCUUGGAGACAGGAGCUUCCGGUGCCACAGCCCAGCAAGGUGAAGCCCAGCUUGGAGAGGUGGAGAAUUUAGAGGACUUCGCAUACAGUCCCGCCCCGAGGGGCAUCACGGUGAGGUGUCGAGUAACCAGGGACAAGAAAGGCGUGGACCGAGGCCUCUUCCCCACCUACUACAUGCAUCUGGAGAAGGAGGAGAAUCGCAAGAUAUUUCUUCUUGCUGGUAGGAAGCGAAAAAAGAGCAAAACAUCCAACUACCUGGUCUCCACAGACCCGACAGAUUUGUCUCGUGAAGGGGAAAGUUACAUCGGCAAACUCAGAUCCAAUCUCAUGGGGACCAAGUUCACGGUGUAUGACCAUGGUGUCAACCCAGUCAAGGCCCAGGGUCUGGUGGAAAAGGCCCACACCCGACAGGAGCUGGCCGCCAUCUGCUAUGAAACAAAUGUACUGGGUUUUAAAGGUCCUAGGAAAAUGUCUGUGAUCAUUCCAGGGAUGAAUAUGAAUCAUGAACGCAUCCCAUUUCGCCCACGAAAUGAGCAUGAGAGCUUGCUUUCAAAGUGGCAAAGCAAGUCCAUGGAGAACCUGAUCGAACUGCACAACAAGGCCCCAGUGUGGAGUGACGACACCCAGUCCUAUGUCCUCAACUUCCACGGCAGGGUCACCCAGGCAUCCGUGAAGAACUUUCAGAUAGUCCAUGGAAACGACCCUGACUACAUAGUCAUGCAGUUUGGACGCGUGGCUGAUGAUGUGUUCACACUAGACUAUAACUACCCACUGUGUGCACUUCAAGCCUUCGCCAUCGGGCUGUCGAGCUUUGACAGCAAGCUGGCGUGUGAAUGAGAAAUAGCAAGUAGUAACGUCCUCACCACAGAGCCUUCAGGAGCAGGAAGCGGCUGCCCUAGACCUGCCCCAGCACAAGAAGAGCAACCUUCUGCCCCUUCCAGGGAUGAGCGAGCGUGUGUGAAUGUGCAUGUGCACUCAUACAUGCAUACGUGUGGAGGAAUGCUUGCACACACUCGUUCAUGCCAUCUCUGAGCUUCAGAGACCAGGCCAUAGACCACAGCUCCGUGUGGGUGAGAGAUGGCUUAAAGCCCAGGGAGGUGGACACCUGGGCACACUGGUGACUCCUACUCCUGACAGCACAGCAGCUUCUCAGCAACAGUGUAGCUUCCCUGUGUCAGGCGCUUCCAGCAGAAUCAGGUUCUAUGAUGAAAUGCCUGCGUGGGCCUCCUCUUUUGAAGACCUUUUCAAAAGGGGGCUAUUCCCUUGGAUGCCUUUAGCCUCUAAGACAGGAGCCUGCAGACUUUCUCAGCCAAUGAACUGAUGGUGCCUCUUGCACUGUCUCUAGUUAGCCUCUUGAGCACAAAAACAGCCAUAACCAGUUGGUGCACAAAGAAUGUGGCUGUGUCCCAGUAAAACUUUAUUUACACAGUGGGUGUUGGCCUACUUUGGCCUGGGCUCUAGUUUUCCAGCCUGCCUCGGUGUGUCCUUGUACUCUGAGGCUGAAGCAUCUUCCAGAUCAUAAGUGGAGAGGGACACAGUUUACUUUUUAGGGGCAGCAGAUUGACCCAUCUUAUUUUUACUUUUUUUCUGUUUUGUUCUUCCUGAGAUAGGGUUUCCAUGUCUUGGAUACCCUGGAACUCACUCUGUAGACCAGGCUAGCCUCUAACUCACAGAGAUCCGCCUGCCUCUCCCUCCCAAGUGCUGGGAUUAAAGGUGUGCGCCACCACCGCCCUUCAAGACUGACCCUUAAGAGGUACUUGUGCCGAAUCCGCUCUUGGUCACUUUUACCUCACGGUGAUGAUGGCUGUAGGUGUCAUCUGCCUUCAUAGAGCUCAAGUCGGUGUCUUCUUUUCUUUUUCUGGGUCAUGUGACACUACCUUGUCCCUGAGGUCUGGGAAGGCUCUCAUGCCUCAGCCUCCCUCUUCCCUGUCCUCAGGGCAGGGUGGUGGGCAACCAUCUCAGCGGAGUGACUGUCCAGACCUCUGAACGCCUUGCUCUCCAACGUCUUCGUCUAGUGUAAGAGGCGUAAGAGGCGACAGGACUGCCUCACUCACUCCACAGGCCUUGACGGGUCAGCUUUGUCCUCUGACCCUCAACCCUGACCCACCAGUGCCGACACGCCCUGGCUCCCCGAGGUUUGAGAUCAUGAACACUUCCUGGAAAAUCAUGAGAAAUUCUCCAGUUCACCAGCCCAGGAUGUACCUGACCUUGAGAAUUCCAAAACUUCGGCCCUUGUUCAGUGGUUGUCCACUCCCAAACUGCUUCCUGCGUGGGCGUAGGGUUGCUGGCUACUGCUCUGUGGUUUUGCCGGGUGGAGGAGGUCCCUUGGCCCCUGCCUCUGUUGCUCCCUGCUCAGCAUCCAAUGGCUGCAUGAUGUCGUGCGAUGUGGGAGGUGGGUUCACCGGGUGUCCUGUUGUCCUGUCUGUCCCUUCAGGGGUCACUAGUUUCUGCCUCAGGCAUGCUUCCCAUUCAGUGCCUUGUUCAUAAACGUGCUCUGAAGCCUGUCACACCUCUGCCACCCACUGUCCCCGACAAGCCACCUCUGUUGAGCAGAAAGUUGUUCAUUCAUCUCCAGUUAAAUGGCGUGGGGGCCUUGGGCCACUGGAUCUAUGCAUUCUGUCCAGCUAAGAGAGCUGUAUACGCUCAUUUCACAGGCUCUGUGCUUGAGUGUGCGGGUGAUAGGUUUUACAUAAAUCAUAUUUAUACCUUUUGUAUGCCAUAUAAAUAAAGAUAUUUAUAUAAAAACAA